GCCGAAGCAGGCACCAUGUCAGGCGUUGUGAUCUCCCCGGAUCUUUUCGGCGGCGGGGGUAAACUUUUCGUCGGCACUCCUAUCGACGGGAAAUCUGAAUACUUCCCGACACUGUCGAGUCGCAAGUUAAUGUCCAACGAGGAGAACGCUGACAUGUUCAGUUUCGUCUACCAGGACGAGUUUGUCUCCUCGCAGCUCAAGAUCCCCUCAGACACGCUGUCCAAGUUUCCGGCAUUUGACAUCUACUAUAUCUACGGCUUCAACAGUGAGCAGUUUGUGUAUUACCUCACCUUACAGCUCGACACCCAGCUUACCUCGCCGGACGCAAGCAGCGAGCAGUUCUUCACCUCCAAGAUCGUCCGUCUAUGUGUCGACGAUCCCAAGUUCUACUCCUACGUUGAGUUCCCCAUCGGCUGCACCAAGGACGGAGUGGAGUACCGCUUGGUUCAGGAUGCUUAUUUGGCCCGACCGGGGAGCCGUUUGGCGCGUUCGCUUGGUAUUCAAGAGCACGAGGAGGUUCUGUUUACUGUAUUUGCCCAGGGACAGAAGAACAGAGCCAAGCCGCCCAAGGAGUCGGCUUUGUGUCUGUUCACAAUGAAACGGAUAAAGGAGAAGAUUAAAGAGAGGAUUCAGUCGUGCUACAGAGGAGAGGGGAAACUCUCCCUGCCCUGGCUGCUCAACAAGGAACUGGCCUGCAUCAACUCGCCGCUGCAGAUAGACGACGAUUUCUGCGGCCAGGACUUCAACCAGCCUCUAGGGGGCACCACCGCCAUCGAGGGCAUCCCGCUAUAUGUGGACAAGGACGACGGUAUGACUUCUGUGGCGGCCUACGACUACCGACACACAGUGGCGUUCACCGGCACACGCAGCGGGCGCAUGAAGAAGAUCCUUGUAAACUCCAUUACCCAGCCUGCCUUGCUGUAUGAAAACAUUGUGGUGAGCGACGGGAGCCCCAUCCUGAGGGAUCUGCUCUUCAGCCCGGAACAUCAGUACUUAUACGCCCUCACCGAUAAACAGGUCACUCGUGUGCCAGUGGAGAGCUGUGAGCAGUACGCCUCCUGUGGAGCCUGUCUGGGAUCAGGAGACCCUCACUGCGGCUGGUGUGUGCUGCAUAAUGUAUGUUCGAGGAAGGAUGGCUGCGAGCGAGCAGAGGAGCCUCAGCGUUUCACCACAAGAGCGGAGCAGUGUGUCCGACUCUCGGUCCAACCCGACACCGUCUCCGUCACCAUGUCAGAAGUGCAGCUGGUACUUCAGACCCAGAAUGUGCCCAGUCUGUCCGCUGGAGUGAACUGCUCCUUUGACGAUUACGUGGAGACGGAAGGUCGCAUCUACGGUGGACGGAUCUUUUGCCUGUCCCCUUCUACAAAAGAGGUGGCCCCCAUCACACAUGAUCAGGGUGACCAACGUGUAAUAAAGCUGUACCUGAAGUCAAAGGAGACAGGGAAGAAGUUUGCCAGCGUGGACUUUGUCUUCUACAACUGCAGCGUCCACAAAUCGUGCCUGUCCUGUGUUAAUGGAAAGUUCCCCUGUCACUGGUGCAAAUAUCGCCACAUGUGCACGCAGGAUGCCAGCGACUGCUCUUUCCAGGAGGGACGAGUCAACACUUCUGAGGAGUGUCCUCAGAUCCUGCCCUCCACCCAGAUCUAUAUCCCCGCUGGAGUCAUGAGGCCCAUCACCCUGCUGGCCCAGAACCUUCCACAACCGCAGUCCGGACAGAGGAACUACGAAUGCAUCUUCCACAUCCAGGGAAACACACAUAACGUCCCUGCUCUGAGGUUCAACAGCACCAGCAUACAGUGUCAGAAGACCACGUAUGACUACGAGGGCAGUGACAUCAGUGACCUACCAGUCGACCUCUCUGUGGUGUGGAAUGGAAACUUUGUCAUCGACAACCCGUUCAACAUUCAAGCCCACCUGUACAAGUGCAGGGCGCUGCGGGACAGCUGCGGCAUGUGCCUGAAAGCCGACCCCCGGUUUGAAUGCGGCUGGUGCGUCCAGGACAAGAAGUGCUCCCUCAGGCAGGAGUGCACCAGCGGAGGAAAUUCCCACCUACCGCUGCAGCUGGCUGAAGGCGGAGGGUGGAUGCACGCCACAUCUGGAAACAGCCGCUGCACUCACCCCAAGAUCACUAAGUUGUUCCCAGAGACGGGGCCUCGCCAGGGGGGAACCAGGGUGACCAUCCUGGGGGAGAAUCUGGGUCUGCUGUUCAAAGACAUCCAGAUGGGCGUCAGGUUAGGCAAGGUUCCCUGUGUGCCUAUCGAGGAGGAGUACCUGAGUGCAGAGAGAAUAGUUUGCCUGCUGAACGACGCGACUGGCUACAGAGUGCAGGAGGCUCAGGUGGAGGUGUGUGUGAGAGACUGCGUCAACGACUACAGAGCCCUGUCGCCCAGGCCUUUCACCUUUGUGACUCCCUACUUCACUCGUAUCCAGCCAUCUCAGGGGCCCAUUUCUGGCGGCACCCGGGUCACCAUCGAGGGAAGCUACCUGAACGCGGGCAGCUAUGUGUCUGUCAGCAUAGGGCCGCAGCCCUGCUACUUUAAAAAGAGAAAUGCCCGUGAGAUAGUGUGUGUUACGCCAGCUGGAUUGGCACCAGGCAGUGCAUCAGUCUUAGUGGACAUCGAUGACGCGGAGCUCAGAAACCCAGAGGUCAAGUUUAAUUACACUGAAGACCCCACCGUCCUGAGGAUUGAACCUGACUGGAGCAUUGCCAGUGGGGGGACUCUGCUGACAGUGAGCGGGACCAACCUCGCAACCAUCAGAGAACCAAAGAUCAGGGCCAAGUAUGGACAGGCAGAAUCCUUUCAUAACUGUACGGUGUAUAACAACUCCGUCAUGGUGUGCCUGGCUCCGUCAGUGGCCGAUUCGGAGCUCGGUUUUUCCGAUUCCGGCACCGGACCAGAUGAGAUCGGGUUUUACAUGGACAACGUGAACGCUUUGGUGGUGGUCAACGAGACUUUCAGCUACUACCCCGACCCCGUGUUUGAACCUCUGAGUUCUUCUGGAAUACUGGAGCUCAAACCCACAUCGCCACUGAUACUCAAGGGUCGUAACCUGAUCCCAGCUGCUCCGGGUAACAAUCGCCUGAACUACACGGUGCUGAUUGGAGAAACUCCCUGCGUCCUCACCCUGUCUGAGAGCCAGCUGCUGUGUGAAUGGCCCAACCUCACCGGACAGCACAAAGUCACGAUCCGCGCCGGCGGGUUCGAGUACUCCCCUGGCACUCUCCACAUCUACUCAGACAGCUUGCUGACUCUUCCGGCCAUCAUCGGCAUCGGAGGGGGCGGCGGCUUGCUGCUGUUGGUCAUCAUCGCCGUGCUGAUAGCCUAUAAGAGGAAGUCUAGGGAUGCUGACCGCACACUGAAACGUCUUCAGCUCCAGAUGGACAACCUGGAGUCCAGAGUGGCCCUGGAGUGUAAAGAAGCCUUUGCCGAGCUUCAGACAGACAUCCACGAACUGACCCAGGAGCUGGACGGAGCUGGGAUCCCCUUCCUGGACUAUCGGACUUACGCGAUGAGGGUCCUCUUCCCAGGCAUCGAGGACCACCCUGUACUCAAGGAGAUGGAGGUCCAAGCAAACGUCCAAGCAAACGUGGAGAAGGCUCUGACGUUGUUUGGCCAGCUGCUGACAAAGAAGCAUUUCCUGUUGACGUUCAUACGAACUCUGGAAGCUCAGAGAUCGUUUUCCAUGAGAGACCGAGGCAACGUGGCGUCUCUGAUCAUGACGGCCCUGCAGGGGGAGAUGGAGUACGCCACCGGUGUCCUGAAACAGCUGCUGUCCGACCUGAUAGACAGAAACCUGGAGAGCAAAAACCAUCCAAAACUGCUGCUCAGGAGAACGGAGUCUGUUGCAGAGAAAAUGCUGACCAACUGGUUUACAUUCCUCUUGUACAAGUUCCUCAAGGAGUGUGCUGGAGAGCCUCUGUUCAUGCUUUACUGUGCCAUCAAGCAGCAGAUGGAGAAGGGACCCAUAGAUGCCAUCACAGGAGAAGCCCGCUACUCGCUCAGCGAAGACAAGCUCAUCAGGCAACAGAUUGACUACAAAACACUGACUCUGCACUGCGUGAACCCGGAGAACGAGAACGCCUCCGAGGUGACGGUCAAGUGUCUGAACUGCGACACAAUCACUCAGGUCAAAGAGAAGCUGCUCGACGCUGUGUACAAGGGCAGCCCCUAUUCACAGAGGCCCAAAGCUUCUGAUAUGGACCUGGAAUGGCGUCAAGGUCGGAUGGCCCGAAUCAUCCUGCAGGAUGAAGACGUCACAACUAAGAUUGACAACGACUGGAAAAGACUCAACACACUGGCUCACUAUCAGGUAACAGAUGGCUCUGUGAUUGCCCUCGUGCCAAAACAGAACUCCGCCUAUAAUAUCUCCAACUCCUCCACGUUCACCAAGAGCCUCAGCAGAUACGAGAGUAUGUUGAGGACAGCGAGCAGUCCAGACAGCCUACGAUCCCGAACGCCCAUGAUCACCCCCGACCUGGAGAGUGGAACCAAACUGUGGCACCUGGUGAAGAACCACGACCACUCGGACCAGAGGGAGGGCGACCGAGGCAGCAAGAUGGUGUCUGAGAUCUACCUGACCAGGCUGCUGGCUACCAAAGGUACGUUACAGAAGUUUGUGGAUGACCUGUUUGAGACCAUCUUCAGCACUGCCCACAGAGGCAGCGCACUGCCGCUGGCCAUCAAGUAUAUGUUCGACUUCCUGGAUGAACAGGCCGACAAGCACUCCAUCAAUGACUACGACGUACGACAUACCUGGAAGAGCAACUGUCUUCCUCUGCGGUUCUGGGUGAACGUGAUCAAGAACCCGCAGUUCGUAUUCGACAUCCAUAAGAACAGUAUCACGGACGCCUGUCUGUCUGUGGUGGCCCAGACCUUCAUGGACUCCUGUUCAACAUCAGAACACAAACUAGGAAAAGACUCGCCUUCGAAUAAACUCCUCUACGCUAAAGACAUCCCCAACUACAAGAACUGGGUAGAGAGGUAUUACUCUGAUAUCUCCCGCAUGCCAGCCAUCAGCGAUCAGGACAUGAGUGCCUACCUGGCAGAGCAGUCCCGUCUGCACCUCAGCCAGUUCAACAGCAUGUCGGCGCUGCACGAGAUCUACUCCUACAUCAUCAAAUACAAAGACGAGAUCCUGUCAGCGCUACAGAAGGACGAGCAGUCGCGCCGGCAGAGGCUACGCGGCAAGCUGGAGCAGGUCAUCGACACCAUGGCACUGGCUAGCUGA